CCAAACCUGCCUGUGAACAGUCGAGUGAAUUACCAUCCUUAUUUCUUAGCUCAGCACUUUGUGGCUAGGCUUAAGGCAUUUCCAGAGGAUUUCCCUUCCCUUGCAGGUACUGCUUGCACAAACUUUUGUUUUACCCAGCCUGUUUCCAGUACUCUGGGAUUUCUCUGCUCCCCUUCCCCAGCGCCCCAGCCAAAUUGGCUGCUGCCUCAAAGCCACCUGCGCCGGGCCGGGCUCUGCCACUGCGGGGUGACACGGCAUAUCCUCAUGUCCUCACCCUCCCCAUGCCACAGCUGCAUCCUCCCGAAUGACCUGCAAGCUGUCCCUGCGCGGCACCAGCUGCUCUCCAGCAUCGCGUCCCUGGGGGGGGGGUGUGCUACUGCAGCACCCCAAAAUUGCGUUUCCAUGCAGCUCCCAGGGCAGUUGGCAACAGGAGGCAGCAAGCAUUUCCCUGAUCCUGUGCCAAGCCCGGGCACAGCCAAGUCCUCCCAGGCUUGUCCAUCCUUUGUGGCAUCGCCACCUCCCUCCCGUAAAGCAGCUACAUGCCCUGCAUCCUGCUGCUGGGGUGCUCCUGCCCCUGCCCGCACUGGGAUUUGCUCAGUGCCGGCAGGAUUUAUCGCCCUGCAUGCAGGAUUUAUCCCCUUUCCAUUCAUCCCCCACGACCGGAGCACUUUUUUUCCCCACGGCGCUGCAUCGCCGCCACCUCCCCUUGCCACGCAGUCCCAAUCGUCCCCACACACCCCUGCCACGCUCACUUUAGGUUUUUGCCCAGGCCCAUGGGAGCGAACCCACAACCCAGGCUGCAGCGAGUCCCCGCUGCCAAGGUCUCUCUGGGUGAUGCUGGAGAGAGUCGGGCUGAGCAUCCCCUCCGGAUGGCCGGGGAAGCCUCUCGGCCGGGGCCCAGGAGAUGCCCUUCUCCAGCGGGGUGCUACCAGGAUGCUCCAAGCAGGAGGUGACGUCCCCGGGGGGGGGGGACACGAGGAGAAGGGCUGGGACACGGAGGAGCAUUCCUGUUCGGAGGGGGGGGGGGCUGCAGGUUGACUUUCCGAUCCCCUAACUCCCCCCUUGCCCACCCCUAGCCCAUGGGUGCUCCCCCCCCCCUUGCCCUCCCCUCCUCCCGCAACUCCAGCGCCGAGGAAGCCGAGCCGGAGGCAGUGCUGAGCCGGAUAUGCAGCGACUCCCCGCAUCCCUCCUUGGCAGAGCGCGGUGACGCCGCGGCAGCCACCACGGAGAGGACACAGGACCCCCCCCUGGGCCCACCGUGCCCCUUCGAGGGGGUGGCCUGGACCCCGAGACCCCCCCAGGGACCCCCGCAGGGCUGCUUCGCCUGCAUCGCCAAGCCCCCGGCUGUCCGGCAAGCUUCGCCCAUCCUGUCUCCUUCUUCUGCCGUUUAUCUCAUGGAGAGCAAGAGCUGCAAAGGGGACAGCCUGCGGCCAGCAGUCCCGUGCAAGCACUCGGUAGAGAAGAAGACGAUGACCAACCCCACCACCGUCAUCGAAAUCUACCCGGACACCACCGAGGUGAACGACUACUAUCUCUGGUCCAUCUUCAACUUUGUAUACCUCAACUUCUGCUGCCUCGGCUUCAUCGCCUUGGCCUAUUCAUUGAAAUCAAUAAGGUUUUUCCCAGAAGUUCAGAGAAAGAAGAAGCAAGAAAUGCCCUGAGGACAGAUGCCCCUUUAAACAGAAUUCUCUUGUUCCUCUGCAAUUAAAUGUAAGGACAAUUGAGCAGGAGAUACUUAAAUCCCAGCCUUUCUAGGACGUCUGUGCUCUGCAGAGGCUGAGUAAGGUGCUGUGGGAGGGAGAGGAGGGGAGCAACAUCUUCCCCUCCCUGAGCCCCUUCUGGGACCUCUGAUGACAGAGCCCUCAGCCAGUGGAGCACAGGUUUCCUGGCUGAAGGGCCAUCAGCACACUGAUGGCAUUAAACGGUUCCUGGGUUAAAGUUUUUACAUUUCCUUUAAAUAACUGAAACAUCUAGCAACCUCAGAAAUCAUCGUUUUCAUUAUCAGAAAUAGCAUUUUCAAUACCCUGCCAUAAAUGUCAUCUGCUUUUGCCAGAUUCAUACUGUUAAUAAAGCAGUAGCUCCUUCGUGCCCCAAGUCCAUGAGAUGUUUCAUUAUAUAUCUUAGCUCAUCCUAGUAUUUCCACUGGUUUCAGCAGCAUAAUGCCCACACUGGAAGCCAGAUGUAUGCCUACGUACACUUGAAUAUUACCAUAAAGCUGUCUCCUUCCCCAUGCCCACUUUUAUUGGUUUCAGCCACAGCUGGGAAAACUACCUCCAUGUCUGCCUAGCCUUUUGCACAUGAGCUACAGCCUUCUAGAUUUCUUUCUGCAGGGAAAUGUUAUUUCAUGGUGACCACCAUUUACCAAAAAAUGCCAAAAAAACACCCCAGCCCCAAAGAAUUUAUGCUCUUAUUCAAAGAAAGACAUCAAGUCAGGUGAGGCUGGAGACCGUGACAUCCAAGCCAAGUACUCUGUGUGACGGACAUCCUAGCCAAGGGCUCUGAAUACGAGUGUGAUGGCACGCCUUAUCUUUAUUUACACCCGUAGCGGGCCAGAUCCUCAGCAGACACAGCUUGCUGGGCUGCAACGGAGUCACACGGGCUCAUGUAUCCCUCGGGGGGUUAUUUCUAGCAUCUCAGGCUUCUCAAGGUCAGCCUCCCAGAGCGCAAGCAAGGCACUCACAUGUACCUGUAAGUGUGUGCUGGUGCUGGGGAAGAAGAGAUAAACAGCAGGAUCAGGGAAGCUAGAAACCCUAAAGUAACCUUAACCCCAGACCAGCACAGAUGCGAGGAUUGCUCCAACAGCAAUGCUUUGGAUUCAGUUGGGUUUGAUCAGGAGCAAAUGCCGUGGCCUGAUAUUCGGCAGCUCCCUCCCUCCCUCUUUCCCAGCUCCAAGCAGUAAUGAAUGAUACAUCAGUGCCUGGUGGCAGGAGAUCUUGCUUCAGUCGUUAGGAGGUCUGUCUCCGGAGACUGCCAGGGCGAGCCAAGUCCUUCUCAGUACCCAUUAUGCCGUGAGGCGGUAGAUCAGAGGAGCUGAGAUGUGAGACAAGCCGCGGCACGGAUGCCUUGUUGUGGCUGUAUAGAGACGAAAAUGGCAAGAAGCCCUGCUGGCUUUUUAAGCUCAAGCAGCAGCCCGUGGGGUUGCUUGCAGAGUUUUCUUGCCCCUCGAGGCCACCAAAAUAUGCGGUGUGAUAGCACCCCAGGAGACCUGAGCUCUCCUGCUCGCUCUCUGCCCAGCCCUUAGCACACAGCUCCGGGCACGGCUGUUUGCCUUCUCCUCUCACCACUUGUUGAUCUUCCCUGUUUCAAGUGGAAGCAGACCAGCACAAAUUCAUUGCUAUUUAUUAACCCUGAGAACCAGAGAGGCUGCGGCACCCAACCUCUCAGGCAGGCUCUCAGCCUGUUUUUUGGGAGGAGCAACAGUUUCUGGAGGUGGGUGAAACGCAGGGGCGAAAGCCCCAUGACACCAGUGCCAAUGUGGUGGAGGUACGUGGGCUGGAGAGCUCUUGACCAAAUCACAGAGCAAAUAAAUCCAAGGACCCCAUCCAGAGCUCCUUAUGUGUAGGGAUGCAGAGCUCUGCACAGAAAUGGGUUUACAGACAACCAGCUGUGGGCUGCAUGCUAAAAGCCGGGCUGCCUUAAAUACAGCCUCAUUAGGCUCAUUAUCAAUAAACCAUUCGUCUCCUCCUGCAAGCUGAGGCAGCACUUCAUACUCAUGCAGCAAGUUCCCUGCUCCCAGAAAUGAGCAGGGAGAGGGGAGGUGGCUGCUGGGGAAGGGACCGGGAAGGAGCAGGGUGGUAGGAGUCAAGGGGAGCGCUUGGAGAGGAAGCUGAAGGCAAAACCCCAAGGGGAGGAAGGGCAUGGGACAGUGGUCAGAGGGAGGAGAGAAAGAGCCCUUGGGCACCCACACGCUGGAGAUGUUGGAGGACAAGGUGAGAUGGAGAUGGUGGAGAACAAGGUGAGCAGCAGGGAGGUGACAGGUGGCACGUUAAAGCACAAAAGCGGGCUGUCUUUCAUGGAAGGCCAGGCAUGGAAGAGGAAAGGAACCAUAUAAGGUGCCAAGAUGGACCAGAGGUGACCUCUGCCUUGUCCAGGGUGGGAUCUCCCAAGGGGCCACCACACAGUGCUUUGGAGUGCCUGGGGAAACCCCACAGUCAGCAGAUGUAAUUAUCCUUACACACCAGUCAUCUCAGUGCAAAGCAGGGCCAAAAAUCCCAUCUAAUUUUAGGCAAGGUGAGAAGGGUCAAAAUGAUGAUGAGAAAAGAGUCUGUGGCUAAGGAAACACUACACCUGGGUCUGGGUGGUGUUCAGCCUUGUGACCUUAGGGACCUGUCCCUCACUGUGCUUUACCUCUUCGGCUGUGGAAGGAAGCAGCUUCCAGGGCUCCCAGAAGCUCAUGCAUCAGCUGCCAGCACAUUAUGGUGGUGGUGGCUACAGGAGCAUGAAAAUAGGAAAAGCUGAGGCUGGGCUAUGAGAAAGACACCGGCAUCUCCUUAAGGACAAAGCGGGGAAGGAGCUGAAACACUUAUCUGCUCUCCAGGAGAGCUCCUCCUCCAGAGCCUGGCUCAGAUGCCGCAGCAGGACAUUAAAGGGAGACAUCUGGAAGCAUCUGGGGGUGCAAGGCCAGGCAGGAGGAGGCGAGGCCGCCCUGGAGAGAUGCAGGAGGCCAGGGCUGCGAGUGGUUUGGAAGGAGAAACUCCUUUUCAUUGCACUUGCGUGCCACAGAGGCCCUGGCACUUGUCUGGCUCUUAGAGGCUCUGUUGCAAUAUAAAUUAUAAUGGACAAUAAAGGAUGAUUUGCAUGAGGGUGACUGCUGAAGCCAUAGAGUGUAUGGGGAAAUAAUAAGGGAGGAGAGAAAGGGGACCAAGGACUCAUCGAGGAUGAGGGAUCCAGGUGACCAAGGCCAGAGCAGCCAGAAGAGAGCUGGGGGAGCGCUAGGGAAGGGAAAGGGCAGGGGACUGCCAGAGACAGGGGAUGCAGGCAGAGCUCCGUGUGCCACAGGGGUUGGCAGGAGAUGGGGGCGUGGAACUGGCCAGAGGGGCAGGGAGAGGAGGCAGCUGGAUGCCCCUUUGGCAGGAGUCAAAGGUGGCUGUCGUACCAUGGUUUGGGCCCAAACAGCAGGAAAGAGAAGAGAUGGGAAGGACAAAAAAGGAACUGGGAGGAAAUGGUGGCACUGGUGAGAGGGCAGUCCUGGGUGCCCCUCACUGGAGAUGCUCAGCAGCGGCAGGACUGGAGCAGGGCCAAAGGGAGAGCCAUGGGGAAGUCAAGGACAGGCGCUGCUGAAGUGCACCGUGGGAAGAGCUGAAGCACCAGUCAUGAGUGUGAGCUGGUGUCAGGUGGGAGAGGCUGCUGGGAGCACUGGAGAGGGCUGGGCACAGAAAUAAGGGUGGCAGGGUGCCCCGGGGACAGGAGGAGCAGGAGGAGAGUGGGAGAGAGGUCCUGGGGCCAAGAGGAACUGGCCCCACAAAGGCAAAGCAAGCAGCUCAGCUGUGGGAGGGUUGCAGAGCUUGGUGUGCCGGCCACGCCGGUCUGCUGGAGAAACCGCUGUCUGCCUGGCAAACCCUGAUGGCAAACACCAGCUUGCCUGCGGCAGAGAGCAACCUCUCCCAGCCGCGGCUGGGUUACAGUGGAGGAAGGGGCAAAAGGCAUUUGCUCUACACAGGGUUUGCCUCGCAUGAAAGCUUCAAAGAGCCUACCCGGAGCAGCCAGUGGUAUUUCUGGCUCGAAUGCAGCGCCCCUGGGGCUCUGGCUGCAAGGACCUGGGACCUUCCAGCUUCUCACCAGUGGGUGAGGAGGUGCCGGCUGCUGCUGCACCCAGGGGUUUUGGGGAGGAUGCUAAACUUGCCAAAUAAUUUCAAAGGUGAGUCAUCCCGGACAUGCUGCUGACACAAAAAGGCGUGCAGGUUCCCAGGCUGCCAGCUUGCCGCCUUCCCAGAUGUCAUCUCCGCUGCUGGGAGCACCAGCCAAGCAUGCCAGAGAGCCAUGUGUGAUUUGUGACUGUCCCCCGUCCCUGCUCCCAGAAGGAUGCCCUGUAGCUGCCGAGCGCUCAGCAGCAAGGUGAUGGGUCGAUAGCCCCAGCUCCAGCUGCAGGCUUCCAGGAGCGGGGCACAACAGAGGCUGAGGACAUGGCAUGGCACGGUUUAAUACGAAGAGGAAAACAGCUCUCAUUCUUGCCUAUGUGCCUGCCAGUGCCGGCUCCCGUGGGCCUCAUGCCAGAAGCAGCCUCCCUAGGCACGGUCCAGGAUUAAUGAAGAGCAGGUGGUGCUUGUGCAGAGAAGUCCUCACUGGUGUGACGGAGGAGAGGACAUUGCUUGAGUGUCUGAGAUGUGGUUUUGGAGGCCCCGUGAACCAGCGUGGCUCAGUGGAAAUGAGGGAUCCAGCAACCCUUCCCCAUAUUGAGCAAGUCGCAGAAGACUUUCAGGACAGCCCCGUGGGUAAGCACUGCAGGAGGGAGAGAGAAAAAGUCACUAAGACGUGGUCUGAAUCCAUCACAGAGUCUUUUCAGAAAGCUCCUGGUCGAUGAAAGCCGUAUUAACAUUUCUAGGUAGGACUCUGGGGCUGGUUCUCGCAGCCUGCCACCGACAUCUAGCGUUGAGCCGGCAGUGCCCUGGCAGGGCUCAUGCCGCCGGCAGCGAAGGCAGGCUGCGCAGGACACACGGCCCCGUGGCCUGCAAGCCGCCAGCCCCAAAGCGGGCAGCCAAGCAGGCGCUGCCAUGCCGUGCCAGCCCCUGGGUACCCCGCUCGGAUACGGGAAAGGGAAGAGGGGUAAAUUCUCCUGGUCCUUUCAUCCCAUAUCCUCGUGGUUCCAGAUGCCUGGGUCUGCUGAGUGCUGGCUGAAGGGACAGUUUGGGGACUGGGACACACCCUGGGCUCAAACUGCAGAGCUGCUGCUGGCGGUCAAUGCCAUCACCUGCCUGGCUGUGCCAUCUGCUGCCUGAUGAUGCCAUUGCUGCCUGGCAGUGCUAUUACUGCCCGCUAGUGGUAUUUGCUGCCUGGCGAUGCCAUCUGUUUUCUGGUAGUGCCACGCACUGCCUGGCUGUGCCAUCCACUGCCUCGUAGUGCCAUGCCGGCCUGCUAGCGGCAUCGCUGCCUGGCUGUGCCAUCUGCUGCCUUGCAAUGCCAUCACUGCCUUGCAGUGCCAUGCACUGCCUGGCUGUGCCAUCUGCUACGUGGCAGUGCCAUCCGCUGCCUGGUCAUGCCACUGCUGCCUGCUAGUGGCAUCGCUGCUUUGCAGUGCCAUCCGCUGCGUAGCUGUGCCAUCCACUGCCUGCUGGUACCAUUGCUGCCUGGCAGCCUGGAGGAGGUGGGGACAUGCCACUGACACGGACAUGCACAAUCCUUACCCACUGCAGAGCUGUCCCAAAGCAAGCCCAUGAAAGUCCCAGCCCGCAGGAUAAAGAGAGCAGACCACGCUGUCAGGAUUGAAAACUGCCGGUGGCAGAGAUGCUACACAAGCCGCAUAAGACCUGCAAAAGGAACUCAUUAACCCAGGACUGCUUAAUAUGCUGGAGGCUCGUGCGCAGCCCCGGAGCUGCAGUAGGAUGCCGUACCAGGUUUCACCCGUUCAGCCCCUCAACGCAGACAGAGGCAUGGGGAUGCACACCAAAACCGCAGCCAGCCUUCUUGUUUGUGGGCCGGGUGAGCCAAAGCCCAGUGCUGCAGGGCCAGGGGGCUAUGACAUGGUGGGAAGGAUGCUUUAGUGCCCACAGGCACGGGAUGCACAAUGGCACCUUAGUUCCCUUGUGCACCCUCUGGCUCAGAAUGACACUGCCCCACUCCAGAGGCCACAGGGACCUGGUUUGCCUGGUUGGUAACAGCAACGGAUCACUCUUCCAGGUCUUCUCUGCUCCCAGGGGCUUCCAGCCUACAGGUAUUACAGGGCUUGGCUUCACAAGCUCAACCCAUUGCAGAGCUGGGGUGCAAAUCUCACCUCGGGGUGUUUUAUGGCACCCCAAGCAUUCAAAUGCAAAGAGGCACAGCCCAGCCCUCAUCCACUGUACACAUACCCUACAAGUGCGUUGGGUUUUGUGGGUGUUGCUUGAAACAAGUUAUAUCUUUUAUACAUCUCCCAGUCAUUUUAUUUAAUUAUUUUUUUGGG